CGAGAUUUUGUGGCUAUCAGAUCGAUUACUCCAACGCGUGCUUCAAGUUAGAACAAUUUUUUUUCUGUGAAAAUGAUUUCUAAUUCAUCAUCGAAAAUUGAUAAAAGUAAGGUCGCAACCGAAAAGCCAAAGUGCGAUAAAGCCAAGAGCAAAGAACGUCCAUACAAACUGCGACACGUUCGGAGCUUUUCCCGCGAUUACCAGCAGAUGAGUCACAUUCCGCUGUACUGCUAUUUAUGACGGUUACAGUGCAAAGAUGACGACCGUUUCGCCAAACACAUGACGAAACACGGGCGCAUAUUUGGUUUCAUUCGUCAGGUUGAUGACUACCUUCUGGAGGAACCGAGUUUCGCCGUGCGUUUAUACUACCGUCCCGAUUACGCCAGAACGUUGGUGUACGUGCGGAACGUGUCACCCCAUUCGGUGUUGCGACUCAGCCGGGCCUACAUCCACCUGGCAGACGGUCACAUGAAGAUGCUGAUUGAAAGCGAGAUGCGCCUUCCUUGGGGUACGGUUUCAAAGUUUUGCUUCGACAGUUGCCUGCUGUCGGAGCUGGAUAGAAGCUACGGACUGAUAUUGGUUGGACUGGCGGACUCAAAGACAGAAAUAUUGGAACUUUACCACCUGCAAGUGACCGUGUUGAGUCAUUUCGUGAAAGAGCAGCUAAUUUUUGAAGAAACCAACGAUUCAUUGACUGCUGUUGAAUCAGUAUCCGGUACCGAUGGAAAAAAAAAGAUCAUAUACGAGAGUUUUCAAUGGUUCAACAAAUAUGUCGCAACAAAUCACGAGCAGCUGUCUGCUGUGCGAAAUAUCGUGAAUCGGACUUCGUUCCCUGCUCCGUACAUAUUAUUUGGACCACCCGGUACUGAAAAAACUUCAACUAUCGUAGAGCUUCAAAUUUCGCCUGUGAUGAAUUCACCACGCGCCUGCUGGAAUUCAUUCCCGCCACCGAUGUGUUCCUUUUCGUAUCCUUCGUAUCGAUUUUGCUGAUAACGGAACAACACCAUCGUUUUCAAAGAGCAGUGGAGGUUUUGAGGAAGGUGGUGAGUAUCGUCGCGGCCCCGACUACGAAUAUCCGGAAGGCGGUGCAUCAUACGAGGAAAAUUCAUCGUACGGCUAUGGUGGAAGACCGUUCCGCGGCCGUGGUGGUUUCCGUGGCGGUUUUCAUCGUGAUGGCCCACCGCACCACGGGGACAAUGAUGAAUGGCGUCGAUCAGGAGUCGAUGGCAAAUAUGAUUCACGCCGUCGUUCGUGAACCAGGAAUCGAUAGAUCUCGCUCCCGUUCACCGAGGCGACGCAGUCCGGCUGAUUCUGAUUCGUCUUCUUGUAGGAAUGGCAUGUUAUCGAAUGCAAGAACGUUACCAGAAGUGGCAAGGAAAUCUACCACAGUCUGGCAAGGGGCGCUGAUUUUGAACACUAUUCCUCGUCAAGUUGCACCUAACGGACGGAGACCACGAAAUAGUGGACAGCCUGAUGAAGGACGAGGAAGGUAAACACCACCUUCGUAUUACUCAGCGACUACGCCUCGAACAACCCAAGUUGGAAAAUGUGCAGAAGCGCAUAUCGACGUCAUCGUCGCACGCAAUCUUCCUCGGCCUGCCGGGAUCGACGUCAUCGGUAGCAUCGUCGGAUGAUGCCAGCGUUCAGACGCGUCCACUGCGUAAUCUCGUGUCCUACCUGAAGCAGAAAGAAGCGGCCGGCGUUAUAUCCUUACUCAAUAAAGAAACGGAAGCAACUGGUGUGCUCUACUCA